AUGGAGCGUCCUCGGGCAUAUCGUCUGUCAGUGUUCCCGCACUCGCUGGAUGCGAAGGAAGACGGGGGCAACCCCACCACGAUCUUCCUCGAUGCCGACAACCUCAGUUCAGGGCAGAUGCAAGCUCUGACCAAAGAAGGCGGCCAUGAGUGUGGUUUUGUGUUACGCGGGAGAGCCGGAGUCGAAAACCCCUCCAAUUUCACCAUGAGGUAUUGGGUGCCGAACCACGAGAUGGAAAUGUGUGGCCACGCAACGGUCGGUGCAGUAUGGAUCAUGGACCAGCUGGGGUUACUUCCUCCGGAUGGAAGAAUCCUCAUUUCGACCAAGUCUGGUGAAGUUGAGGCACGAGUAGAUCGUGAAGGUGGAUCGGGAUCGGAAACACGGGUUUUUGUAUCACAGCCUGCAGGUGCCGUGGAAGACCUACCCGACAAUCGUGUCCUCGAAACUCUAUCCUCUUUGGGAAUCACUCCGGAUGAGCUCGCGCCGGGCUAUAAGAUCCAGAACGGUUGCACCUCUCGAAUGAAAACAUUGAUUCCCUUGAAGAACCACAAUAUCCUCGACAGACUGAGGCUCGAUCCAGACGCGGUCCUCGAAGUAUGUGAAAAGAUUCACUCUACUGGGCUCUAUCCUUACGCUGUUAUCAACGCUGAGGAUCAAGUCGUCGAAGCACGACAGUUUCCAAAAUCUGCUGGCUAUGCCGAGGAUCCUGCGACUGGUAUAGCGGCAGCCGCGCUGGCUUUUGGCCUCCUGCGCAAUGGUAUGUUGCCUAUUCAGACGACUAGACCUCUCUUCGUGAGGCAAGGAUGGUUUAUGGGAAAGCCGUCCGAAAUUCACGUACUGUUCAGGCUGAGGCAAGGCAAUGUUGAAGGCUGCUGGAUUUCUGGGAAAGUCAAAUGGAUGCGAAGCGAUAAACACAAUGACGAAUAA